AUGAACGAGAUACAACUACCACCAAAUAAUCUUGAGAAUGGAGAACCCGAAGGAAUUAUUUACACGUUUUUCGUGUUCAUUUUCGUCACUUUACCUAGUUGGUUUUUCUUCCUGGUUUCCUUCGUGACUAUAACAUUGCCCACCUGGAUAUUCACCAUACUCUCAUGGUCAUUCACGUUACAACUAAACUUCACCUCAUUACUCUUACUAUUUGGAGCACUAUCUGUGGUAGUUUACACAAUCAUUCGAUAUCGCAUUUUAACCAUAUACUCGCGACUUCCAAAGGAAGCUCCUCAAGCUACAGGCGCUUCAUUUGAUUUACAUCCGGACGUAGCUGACGAUAAAGAAAAAAUAAAGAAUUAUCCCGAUGAGCUACUGAGUAGAUUUUUGGAGGCGAUUAAAGUUUUUGGGUAUUUAGAGAAACCGGUAUUUCAUGAAUUGGCUAGAAACCUGCAGACUAAACGAUUAUUGGCGGGUGAUACGCUUGAUUUGGAGAAGGAAAGGUCUUUUUAUAUUGUUGUGGAUGGAUACGUGCAAGUGUUUGUGAAAACGGCAAACGAGGGAGACAUCAUUGAUCCAUUUGAAAGUGAUGAUUGUAAUCGCGGGUAUCAGUUGCUAAAUGAAGUUGGUGAAGGAGGAACACUAUCUAGCCUUUUCACUAUAUUAUCGUUGUUCACUGAUGAUAUUGAACUUCGAUACGAUGAAAAUGAAUCAGAAUUACCAGAUGAUAAAAGAAAAGAAACGGAAGACAGUGAAUCGGAAUCUCGUUCAAUGUCUGAGGACUGGUCAACCACAUUUUCAGUUUCGGAUGCUGAUAAUAUUACUGACAAAUCACCAAAAAAGAAACCAGUUUUGACAGGAUCAAAUAGUGGCGCAUCAGCAAAUCACACAAAUUGGCCUAAUAAUAGUAAUAGAAGGCCUAAAAUCGUGCAAAAACUUUCUGUAAAAGAGAAUCUCGUCACAACUUCUGUUCACCCAAAUAUUGUUGUGCGUGCUACCAUUGAUACAACAUUGGCAGUAAUUCCUGCUGAAGCGUUUCAUCGAUUAACAGAGAAAUUUCCUAAAUCGGUUGCUCAUAUCGUGCAAGUGAUCUUAACGAGAUUUCAACGUGUCACUUUUUGGACUGGGUAUAAAUAUCUUGGUCUUACAAAAGACUUGCUUAGAACUGAAAAACUGAUGAAUGAGAUAGCAAGUUACGGACUUCCAUCUAAUUUCUUCAGACCAGGCAGUAUGGAGCGUCUACGUCGAAAAUUUGUUGGCGGUGCAAAAAAAUAUAACGAUGAUCCUGAAUUAAGCGAUAGUGGACUAUUAUAUAAAAAUAAAAAGUCAAAAGGAACAAGCAUAAGACCUGGAUACUUUUUCGAAAACGAAACUAAUACCGGAUCUAACGUUGAGAAUUCGAAUAAAUAUUCCAAUGAUAAGUAUUUAUCACCACCAGUGCGAACUUACGUCCGUCCUUCCCCAUUGGUUGGACGAGAUUAUGAUGCUCAGGAUGAUAUAUAUUUACGUGAAUCCGUAUUGGAAUGUAUUUCGAAAAGUAUUGGUUUGAUUCAGCCCGCUCAAAAAAAGACUAGUACUUUUGAUCCAUGUUCUCGUCAUAAUUCCUUUGAUUCGAGCGUUUCUCAAACUUCCGGAUUCAACCCUAUAAGUAGCAUGACAUCGCUACUUGACAUUCCGGAUGAUGAAUCAGUCGCUGAGACUAUUUCCUCGAUUACAAGCGAAUUCGAUAAUGAUGUGGAGAUAUUAUUUUAUGCAAAAGGCGCAUCCCUUGUUAAAGAGGGUGAAAGAAACGUGGGAUUGUUUUUCGUAAUUGAUGGACUUUUAGACGUCUCUGUUAGCGCAAAUGAUAAAAAUUUUUUCGGGGGCUCCCUAACAAAUAAUUCUGUUAAUCAGAAUGGCAGUUCGCACAAAAGAAAGGAAUCUAUUUCUAAUGUGUCAUCCAAUACCGAUAGAACUUUAUUUAUGAUAAAACCUGGUGGACUCGCAGGAUACCUGGCAGCAUUGACUGGCUUUCCUUCAUUUGUUAAUAUUAGAGCUAGCACAAAUACUUAUGUCGGAUUUCUUUCAAAGAGUUCACUGAAUAGACUCAUGGAGAAAAACCCAAAUGUUUUAUUGACUUUGGCCAAACGAUUAAUUAGUUUAUUAUCGCCACUUCUUCUUCAUAUUGAUUUUGCUCUGGAUUGGAUCCAGAUUAAUGCUGGUCAAGUAUUAUAUUCUAAAGGCGAUCCAAGUGAUUCAAUACAUAUCGUAUUGAAUGGACGUGUUCGAGCUAUUAAUGAACGCGAAAAAGGUGCUAUUGAUAUUUUGGGUGAAUAUGGGCAAGGACAAAGUGUCGGAGAGUUAGAAGUCAUGAUUGGAUCUCCACGUCCUUACACACUCCAUGCGAUUCGUGACACAGAACUUGCCCGUAUGCCGAAAACAUUAUUUAAUGCUCUUGCAUCACGACAUCCUGAAAUUACUUUGCAAAUUUCUCGAAUAAUCGCGUCUCGUACUCGAGUACAACAAGAACGUGAAUUCGACCGUGGUAAUACUAUUGCAGAACUAGGAAAAAAUAACACGAAUCUUAAAACUGUUGGUAUUCUCCCAGUAGACGGAAGUGUGCCUAUCAACGAAUUUGCAGAAAAACUAAAAAAUGCAUUGGGAAAAAUAAAUGCAAGGGCAACAUUGCUUAAUCAAGCAUCAGUUGUUUCUAUCCUGGGAAGACAUGCGUUCAGUAAAAUUGGAAGGUUACAAUUAAUCAGUUGGUUAGCCGAACAAGAAGAGAAUGUCCAGAUUGUUUUAUAUUUAGCCGAUGGAGGACCGAAUAAUUCUUGGACUCAAACUUGUAUCCGCCAAGCCGAUUGUAUUUUAUUGGUUGGUCUUGGUAACGGUGAUCCUACAAUUGGUGAGUAUGAGCAAGUUCUAAUAAAUGCGAAAACAACGGCUCGUAAAGAAUUAGUACUGUUACAUGCUGAAAGGUAUUGUUCACCUGGUACUACGCGUCAAUGGCUAAAAAAUCGUUUAUGGAUACAUGCACAUCAUCAUGUCCAGAUGGCAUUAGUCGAAAAGCCAACAAUGUUGAGAGAACAAUCCAGUCAAAACUCAUUAAUAUUAAUGAGUCUUCGUGAUCAAUUAUCAAGAUAUUAUCCUGAACGAAUUUCAAAAAGGUCACCUACUAUAUACACGGGUAAUCGAAGCGAUUUCUCCCGAUUAGCACGACGUCUCUGUGGAAAAUCUGUAGGACUUGUGCUUGGAGGUGGUGGAGCUCGUGGUAUUGCGCAUAUUGGUGUUAUACGUGCUCUCGAAGAAGCAGGUAUCCCUAUUGAUAUGGUAGGCGGGACUAGUAUUGGGUCAUUUGUUGGAGGACUAUACGCACGUGAUUCAGAUAAUGUAGCAAUACUUGGAAGAGCUAAGGCUUUUUCGUCGAGGAUGAGCAGUAAAUGGAGACAAGCUUUAGAUUUAACAUAUCCAGUGACAGCUUGGUUUACAGGACACGAAUUUAACCGUUCAAUAUGGAAAUCUUUCUUUGAUACACAAAUCGAGGAUUUUUGGCUUUCUUAUUAUUGUAUUACCACGAAUAUCACAUGGUCAAGAAUGGAAGUACAUCAAAGUGGCUACGCAUGGCGAUAUGUCCGAGCCUCCAUGUCGUUGGCUGCAUUUCUUCCACCACUUUGUGACAAUGGGCAUUUAUUAGUUGAUGGUGGAUACAUGAAUAAUUUGCCGGUAAGCGUAAUGAAAUCAAUGGGCGCAGACACAAUAUUUGCUGUAGACGUAGCAAGCCACGACGACACAUCACCAGUCUACUACGGCGACUCAAUUUCCGGUUGGUGGGUUCUGUUGAACCGUUUUAAUCCGUUCCGACGCCAACAAAAAAUCCCCACCAUGGCCGAUAUACAAUCACGACUUGCUUAUGUGUCUAGCGUGAAAACUUUAGAAGAUGCGAUAGCAACACCCGGAUGUCUGUACAUGCCGAUGCCUGUUCAACAGUACGCCACGUUGGAGUUUUCAAAGUUCUCUGAGAUUUUCGAAGUUGGGUAUAAAGCUGGUAAGGAAAUGCUGAAAAAGUUCAAAGAGGAAGGCAAGUUGAAGUCGAUUUUGGAUGAGAAAGCUGCUGGAUUGAAGAGGGGACGGAUUAGAAGACGAAAUAGUUUGUGA